GCAUGUAAACACAUGCGCCUAAAUACGAUAUCACCUAGGCCUGUCGUCUGCUCGUCACAAUGCCGGUCGUGAGGGUGGAAUACACAGAAGAUGGAAUCGCCAUCAUCACAAUGCAGAACGGUGAAAACCGACUCAAUCAAAUAUUCGUCACCGAAAUGUGGAACAUUCUAGAUGAAAUAGAAAGAAACAAAGACGUGAAGGCGGUCAUCACAACCGGCGAAGGGAAGUUCUACAGCAAUGGCCUUGACCUUCCUUGGAUGAAGUCAGAGACAGAUGAUGUGGUCAAGAAGUUUCGAGAGAGCCUCCAAAAAGUACAAUGGCGUAUUCGGCACUUCUCGCUCCCAACCGUGGCUGCGAUCAACGGGCAUGCUUUCGCCGGUGGGGCUUUCCUGGCAAAAUCACAUGACUACUGCGUCAUGAAUUCCAAACGAGGCUGGAUUAGUUGGAAUGAGAUACACAAAAAAAUGUCAAUGCCACGGAGUGGAUUUGAAAUUCUUCGACUUAAAAUUGACCGGAUGGAUGCCAUGAGGGAAGCUGUCCUGUUCGGCAAGAUGAUUCCAGCCACGAGAGCUAAGGAACUUGGGAUAGUGGACGAGGCAGUUGAGCCAGCGAACCUGCUCAACACCGCCAAACAGAUAGCUCUCCGGGCUCUCGGUCCUUCCGGUAUGGACCGCGAUAUGCUUCAGACCAUGAAGAAAGAUUUGUACCCACAGACGAGUUCCAAUUCAGUCAUUGCUAAACUUUAGUUACUAUAAGUAUUGUUAAUCUAAACUGUAGUUACUGAUGCUUAACUGAAGUUACUGAAUAUUGUUUGUGUGAUAUGCUAAACUUUAGCUACAAAGAGUAUUAUGUGAGUUAAGUGUUGGUUGAGUGUCAUGCUAAAAUACAGUCUUGCCUUUUGGUUGAGUAUAAUGCUAAACUGUAGCUCCUGAUUAUUGUUAGUAUAAUGUUAAACUGUAGCUACUGAUUAUUGUGUGAGUGUAAUGCUAAACUGUAGAUUCUGACUAUUGUGUGAGUGUAAUGCUAAACUGUAGAUUCUGACUAUUGUGUGAGUGUAAUGCUAAACUGUAGAUUCUCACUUUUAUAUGAGUGUAAUGCUAAACUGUAGAUUCUGACUUUUAUAUGAGUGUAAUGCUUUACUGUAGAUUCCGACUUUUAUAUGAGUAUGAUGCUAAACGUUAUUUACUGACACAGUCAUGUUUGUAUAGCUAUGGACAGGUAUGUAUGAAUAGA